UUCGACGUUAAUUGACAGUUUCCCCCAAUUUUCUCUCCCUUUCCCGGCGGCUUUCUUCCCCGAGAAAAUGCAGUACCCAAAUAGCGGAAUGCUCUCGAACCUUUGCCGAAAGAAAAACUAAACAAAACAAAGAAAAGAAUGAAGGCGUCCAGCUCCAAGCACAUAGAAGCCUCCCUGCCGGAAGAUAUUGCCCUGAAAAUCGUCUCAUCACUUCCGGUACUCGAUGUGUGUUCGUUGGGCAGUUGCUCGCGGUUUUGGCGCGAGCUUUGUGGGUCUGAUUCUGUGUGGGCGUUUCUUUGCAAAGACAGAUGGCCUGCUCUCAAAGAUUCUUCGGCUUCUGAGAUCAAAGCCCAUGAGCUUCACCCACAGAUUGACUCCUUGAAGGGAUGGAAGGGGUUGUACAUCAGCAAGCACAAUGAGAUGGCUGCUAGAUCAACAAUUGUGGUCAAUUUUGUUAAACAAUGUUCCCCCACCGAAUCAAUUGAGGUCGGGCACUACCUGGCAGCAAUUGAAAUCCUUUGGUCAAUGCAGUUUGGAUUCAAGGACGUGCAGAUGUUCCUUCUCAAACCAAAUCUCGAUGUGCUUCUUAAUUUGGUUGGAUUGCACUACUGCAUUAAUUGGCUCGAAGUUCCGGCCGAAUGCCUUAUCGAAGCGCUCAAUAGCUGCAAGAUUGAAGGACGGAAAGUGCGUGUUCAAUGGUGGAAGUUAGGGCGGUGGUCUUAUGGCUUCCGCUUGCAGGACGAGACUCAUUCCCGUAACAUCUCGUUGGAAGAUUUUGCCAUGGCUAAAGAAGAGGAAGUUCUAGGAGUGCUUCGCCGGGGUGCGAUUUACGAGGUGCGUCGUGUGCAGAUUUCCGUUGCUAAACCCACACGCACUCUUUGGUCAUGCCAAACCUCACAAGCUCCAACCUAAAGAGGUUGUUGUCUGUUUGACAAGACUAGUGUGGCUGAUAACCUCCCUCUCUGCUGGGUUUGGCUUUUGUACAUUGGUGUCUAUAUAUAAUAUAUUUAUAUAUGUAUGCAUGUGUUUAUAUGGUCCAUUUGCAUCUGUACAUCCAACUAUCCAACAGAUUUACCUUUUUCAUCCAAUUUAGUUGCUCCUCAAAAAGUUCUUAGUGCCA